AUGACCUCUGGACGGACUGUCGAAGACCACCAUGAUGACUUCAGUGAAAAGGCACUGGAGACUGUCAAGAAGGCGUUCUACGUGGACGACUGUCUCCAGUCGGUGUCGUCAAUCGAGACGGCGCAGUCGCUGGCGUCAGAGGUACAGGCCCUGUGCGCCAAGGGAGGUUUUCAUCUGCACAAGUAUGUGUCUAACAGGGAAGGAGUUCUCGACAAGAUACCGAAAGAAGAUCGAGACGAAGGUUCUUCUAAGAAAGGACUUCACUUGGAAGAAGCGACAAGCGUCAAGAAAGCACUGGGUAUCAAAUGGAACCUGGAGCAGGAUACCUUCAGCUUCUGUGUCAGGGCAAGAGAGAUGAAAGUGACCAGAAGAGAGAUUCUUUCUGUCAUCAGUGGAGUGUUUGACCCUUUGGGCUUUGUGGGGCCGUUCAUUCUUACUGGUAAGAAGAUCCUGCAGGAGCUGUGCGCCAUGAAACUCGGUUGGGAUGAAGAUGUCCCGGAAAGUCCAGCUCUGAUCUGGACCAAGUGGCUAAAGGACCUGCCGAAGCUGGAAGCGUUGGAAGUGGCAAGGUGUCUGAAGCCAGCGAGGUUGGGAUCGAUCGUCUCAAGACAGCUACAUCACUUCAGUGACGCGAGCACAGUAGGUUAUGGUGUAGUGUCAUACCUGCGUCAGACGGAUGACAAAGGGCAGGUACACUGUAUGAUCCUCAUGGCGAAGUCGAGGGUCGCGCCGCUCAAGAAGAUGACCGUACCUCGAAUGGAGCUGGCUGCCGCAACAGUUGCAGUGCGACUUGACAUGCGAUGA